AUGCCUCGGUUUCUUGUUGGACGCCGAAGGAAAGCGGUGGACCACGUGAUUCCGUACCCAAACAUGGCGGCUAAAGACCGUAGAGAUCAAACUAUUAACGCGAAAUUAUGUAUCGGAAAUUAUUUGCUUGGAACAACUUUAGGUGUUGGAACGUUUGGGAAAGUGAAAUGUAAGUGCUGAUAACGGUUUUUUCAGUAUUUUGUGGCUUUUAAGGUGAAAUGGAGGCAGUUCGUGCCGCCAUCCACGUUUACAAUCAUUUGCAUUCACCGAUUGUCGCACGCGGAGGAUUUUACAACCGUUGACACGAUUUCAUAAAUGCGUCAAAAACCGCACCAUUUGCAGCUAGCCUUGAAGACGGUUAUUGACUCUUAACUAAGCCAGUUAUGAAGAAGCAUGAAAGUAAAAAGUAAAAAAUGAAAUUGAAGGCUACCGCACAUCUUUUGAACAUUUUCCUCUUGUUGAUAUUGUUUACGAUUUGUGUAUCAGUAAUUUGUAUUGGACUGAUUUCCAAAUCCCUGAAUUUAAUCAUGAGAAUUCUUCCCCAAUUCUUGUAAACAUACCUGUCUAAAAUUUCACAUAUUUAUUAGAUUAAGAUUUGUUAUGCUUCCAAAUAACAUUGAAAUAUUUUAGGGCAAUUUUUGUACCGAGAAGAUCCAAAGUUUAUGGACUUUGCCCGGGCAAUCCACUCAUCUGGCUACGACUAAAUUCGGAAGUUGUUUUUGUAGACGAAUUAAUGACUCUGCUAAUUCACACUUAAUUUUGAUAUCGCUUAUAAUCUCUUCAAUCCCCAUUUGUUGGUUCUGAUCAAUUCAAAGAGAUGUACAUGAAUGAAACAAUAAAUUAUAUUUACGAUUAGAAUUGGAGAUGGUAAAUUUUGAUCUUUGUAGGGGAAUAAAUAUAGAUGCUUUAGAAAAAUCUUGAGUUUCUGUGAGGAAUGGCUUUUAUGUUUUGAUUAUCUAAACUCUAGAAAACUGUUUCUUUAAACUUCCUCUUAUUCUCUUGCAUAGGUAUGCAUAAUUUACAAAAGAUAAGCUGGUAAUUUCUUUGAGAAAUGAAAUGAGUUUACAAACCAUACAAGUGUAAAAGGACUUUUGAACUCUGAUGCUCAUUGGACUACAGAUUACAUUGUAAUGAGAUUGGCCAUCAUCGGAUUUCCAAUCCCCAUUCUGCAGCAGAAUUUAAUUAUGUUAAUAGAUAUUAAUUAUAUGUACUUAAAUUUCAGUGGCAGUUCAUCAGCUGACAGGCCACAAAGUAGCUGUGAAAAUCCUAAACAGACAGAAGAUCAAGAAUCUUGAUGUAGUUGGCAAAAUAAGGAGGGAAAUUCAAAACUUAAAACUCUUUAGACAUCCUCAUAUCAUUAAACUGUAAGUCAAUUUUAGUAUUGAUAAAUAGAGAUAGAAGGACAAAGAAAACAAUUUUGAAAAACAAAACAAAAUACACAACAAGAUUUCUUUAAAGGAGAAUUCAAAAGAGGUGUUUUUCCCUUGGCUUAUGGUCUGGUCUACUUGUCUGGUCAGUAUCCACUCAAGUCGCUGACAGUUCAACUCGCCAAUGCCAACUCACUGACAUAAAAUCGAGUAGAGACAUGGCAAAUAAAGCUAGGUAAACAUUGCCAAUGACUAUAAAAGCCUCAGACGUGAACAAGUUAUUGUGUGACAACAACACUGUAAAGACUCAUCAUGUCAAUUGGUCAGAUUUUUGAAGAAAAGUUGGCUCAUUUUGGUCAUUCGCGAUGUUCACCUUGCUUUUUUCGCCAUGAGAUCCUUAUAAGCUUUGUUGGAAAUAAAACGAACUGGUUUUUACUCAAGAUCUUGUCUAGAAAGCCAAGUUUUCUUUAAAAAAUCUGAUUGAUUGACAUGAUGAGUCUUAACAGUGUUGUUGUCACACAAUAACUUGUUAUUGUCUGAAGCUUUUAUAGUCAUUGGCAAUGUUUACCUUGCUUUGUCCACCGUGAGAUCCUUAUAAACUUUGCUGAAAGAUAAAAAAUUGUUUUUUUACUAAAGAUCUUUUACUUUUCUAUAUGUUUAACUUCUAAUAUAUUGUAUUGGAUUGAAGACCAACUCGCCGAUGUCUGUACUAAUGUCUGUACUAAAUUUUAUAUAUCGGCAAGUUGGUGUUGACAAGUUGAACCAUCAGUGACUUGACCAUAAUUUGUCUGGUUAGCAGACAUUCUUAUGUGGAAUGGCAAAAGUGUGCUAUAGCUGGAUCUUUGACUCCCUAAAUAGAUUUAUUAAUAGCACUUUUUCCAGCAGUCUGAGAAGUUUUUUAGCAGUAAGUUUCAAGCUUUUCCCCAUGCAUUCCAUUCUCUAGUUUCCUUUUGUUCAUCCUAUCUCUGUUGAUUGUUGGCCGCUGAAUAAGGACUCAUGGCUGAAGUGUUCAUGAGAGAAAUGUUCUUGUUUAAAAAUUUUCAAACUAGUUUGAUUUCUGUUAAUGAUAAUAAUGAUUUAAAGACAAAAAAGGAAAAAACUGGCAGUGACUAGUUUCCAAAACCAAAACCAGAAAAUUGUUUGAAGCAUUUUUUAUAAUUAUAACAUAGCCACUAAGGGUUUUUUGUAACUUAACAAUAUAAUUUUUUCUCUAGAUAUCAAGUUAUCAGUACUCCAUCUGAUAUAUUUAUGGUAAUGGAAUAUGUGUCUGGAGGAGAACUGUUUGACUACAUCCUUAAACAUGGAAAGGUAGUUUACUGUUUAUAGAUUUGUUUAUACAUCUGUCACAAACUGAACUGCACAGCUAAAAAUGUUACAGUGUAUUUCUGUUUACAGGAUCUGGGUCAGGAUCUGGAAACCUUACUAGCAACCCCAUUUCGAAAUUACCCAAAGUACCUCUUCCCCUUUCUUUCCUUGAGACUGGCUGUACUUGUUUUAAUUACCUCUUUGACCCUAAAGAGUUACUAGCAUCUUCUUUCUCCUUAUAAUUUCACCCCUGAAUCAGAAAUAAAAGGCAUGAAAAUAGAGGGAAAGAUCACUAACUAAUGAAGCUCUAAUUACUAAUUAAAUUCUCCUUGUCAGCACCCUAAGAAAUGUGUAAAGAGCAAUUUGGAAAAUAUGCGCACUGAUGUCAGGGUGUGAAGGAUUGAUUGUUCUGGCAUGUUACAGUGCGCAAUAGCCUUGACAGUGGGUAAAACCCAGACUUCCAUUAUUUUCAUAUCAUCUUAGUUCCAGAUUUUUGUAUAAUGCACUUGACUCAUCUUUGAUUUUUGUUUGUUUGUUAAUUGUAGCUUCAAGAAAAGGAGGCUCGCAGAUUUUUCCAACAAAUUAUCUCAGGAGUGGAUUACUGCCAUAGACACAUGGUAGUCCAUAGGUAGAGUUAUUUUUUUUAUAUAUAUAGGUAGUGUGCAUGUAGGUUUGAGAAUAUUGCCAUACCUCUUCUUAUUUAUUAUUAUUUAUCUUAAUUACAUGUACUUGCUUAUAAACCAGGUGCUGUUAUUUUUAAAAAUCAUGCCAGAAACUGAGCUUCAAAAGUUCAUUGAUUUGGUGAUUGUAAAAUACUACUGGAAUACAGUUUGCAAAAAGUGGAAAAUUCCUCUGCUUUUAACAAAUUUCCUGAGUACCCUCUACAAAUUCUCACACAGCCUCAACCAUCUUAAUCAGUGAAACUUUUUUGAAAAGGUUUUGAGAAUCAAGAAUGAAGGAAUUGUCUUUUUUCCCAAAGAAUACUGUACAUCAAUAAUAGUGUUUUUGUGAUAUAAUCAAGGGACCUUAAACCUGAGAAUCUCCUUCUGGAUGCCCAAGCAAAUGUAAAAAUAGCAGACUUUGGAUUAUCCAACAUGAUGACGGAUGGUGAAUUCCUGCGAACAAGUUGUGGAUCACCAAAUUAUGCAGCCCCUGAAGUUAUAUCUGGAAAGUAAGUUUGCAUGCUGCAAGACUUUUUUGUGAAAAAAUUAAAUCAAAGUAGAUCAAAUCAUAUUCUUUUUGCAGUGUGAAAUUAUUGGGGGAAAUUAUGUAGCAUUUGUUCUUGGUUAAAAGGGUUGGUAAUUUACUCAGGCCUAAAAGAAUACCCUCAUUUUAAAAUCUGGAUUUGUGGAAAAGUACUCUGAAGUGGAUUUAUGCAAAGUUAGUGACUGAAAUUUGUUCAUUUAAAUUUUUAGACUUUAUGCAGGUCCAGAGGUAGAUAUAUGGAGCUGUGGGGUGAUUCUUUAUGCCCUUUUAUGUGGAAGUGUAAGUAUUAAUCAUUUAUUCCAAGGUUUUUGUUUAAAAAGAAAUUCAGGUCUAGAUGAUUUUAAAUGGCUUCAGUUUAGGUUGUUCCUCAUUAUUUGGAUACACCACUGUAGUCCUUGAUGAAAGGAAAGUACAGCACAUGACAAAAUCAAUGAACAAUCUUGUUAACCUGAAUCCAUUUCAAUCACUAGUAUGUAUAUUUUAGACAUUACUGUACAUGACCAUGAUAAUUAUUUUUAUAGAAGUUAAAAUGUUUUUUGUGUAAUGUCAAUGUCUGUAAACCUGAUAUGUUUUUCAGCUUCCCUUUGAUGAUGAACACAUACCAACCCUAUUCAAGAAAAUAAAAGGUUUGUUAACUUUGACUCUUUAACUCCCUGAUCAAAUUUGUAAUUCUCCCCACUGUCAACCACACAAUUCUUAUAAUGUUAGUUCAGAGAAUUUAGUAUUGGAUCAGCUAACUAUCCCCAAAUUGAUAUUUUUCUUUAUUCUCAUCACUUAUCUAGUUGAUAUUGUAUAAAUAUUGUGAUGAGAAAUUCUGUCUUGGUCAUUCAUGGGAGUUGAAGGGUUAAAAUAAAUGUUAGUUGUAGUUUCCAGUUGGCAACAGUCUUCAUUUAAAUGUACAUUUGUUCCUCCUGUAUUUUUACUAUGGUGUGAAGUGAGACACUCCCAGGGUAAAUUUUCUUCUCCAAGAAAAUAAAGCAAUGACCCAGUCAGAACCCAAAUCCAAACUCUUUGCUUUAAAAGUUGGCCUGUAAGCAGACAUUGACUUAAAACUGUAUUAAGUGCUCUAACCAUUUCCUACAUGUAUUUUCCCUUUGUAGGAGGUGUAUUUUAUAUACCAUCACAUCUGUCAUCAGAGACAAGCAGUCUGGUAUCAUCAAUGUUACGUGUUGAUCCCAUGAAAAGAGCAACAAUGCAGCAAAUAAAGUAAGUGUACUGUUAACCUUUAAACUUCCAAGAUCUGAUUGUUAAUUCUCCCCUCUAGCUGCUACAUAUUUCCUUGUAAAUUGAUUACAAGAAUUUGGUGUUCAAUCAAGGUGAUAUCUCGUACCUGAUGAGUUUGAGUAUUCUCACUACAUGUUUGCUGUAUAGUGUAUGGAUAUUAUAGGGAGAAGUUACUUGUUAAUCACUUCUGGGAGUUAAAGGGUUAAGGGAGUAGGCAUAACGCAGCGACGAGAGUGUUUGCCUCCCACCACUGUGGCCCAGGUUCAAUUCCCAGACUUGGUGUCACUUGUGGGUUGAGUUUGUUGGUGGUUCUUGACCUUGCUCUGAGGGGUUUUCUCCCAUCUUCUUUCCCAUCUUCCUCCUUCCGCAAAACAGCAUUCUAAAUUCCAAGCUGAAAUUCCAACCUAAAUUUUGAACUAAAAACAUUGGAUGACAGUGCCCACAUGAAACAUUAUUUGCUAUGAAAAUUUCAGUUUUGUGAUUCCUACCCAUGUGUUUUGUUCAUUUUUAGGAAUCAUGACUGGUUCAAGAAGGAUCUACCAGUUUAUCUCUUCCCAUCAUCUUGCUUAGAAAGUGAUAUGGUAGACCAGGAGUGCUUAGCAUUAGUGUGUGAGGUCAGUAACUUUUCAUGGAAUAUUUCCUUUCAGAAAAAAUUAAAAGGAUUCUUUCAGUAAUUUACAACCGGCAUAGCAAUGCCAUUUGAUUAGAGGUGUAGGUCACCUUGUGCUCAAACCUAGCUUAAAAACACAACACAGUGACAAGCUAACCUACAUGAAUAGAAAUAGAACUAUAAUAUUCUCUUAUUUAUUUGAUUACAGUGAUGUGUGCAUUGUAUUCACUCAAUGGAUCUCUUUCUUGCACAUAGCAUAGUAUGUUUUUUUGAAAACUUAACUUGAUGGAUAGGAUUAUCUGCUCUUUGAAUAACUGGAUCCCAAUGUACAAAUUGAUGCUCUAUUUAAAUCACUUCAUGUCAGAGACUUUUGAACUUCGCGUUAAAUUGAACACUACAGAAGUGAAAUGUUGAGUACUUUGGUUCAGUGACAAAAUUUAGAGAAAUAUUGUCUUGAAUUGUUUUUGCAGAAACUAAACUGCAGUGAAAGUGAUGUACGAUGGGCAAUAAAAAAUGGAGAUCCUCAUGACCAACUGAAGAUUGCUUAUCAUCUGAUACUUGACAACAAGAGAAUGAAAAUGUUGGGUAAGUGAACACAACAGAAAUUUUGAUGGUUUGGUGACAUUUGAAGGAAGGUUUAUUCAUAAACCUACUGGUAAGCUUAGGUUUUGUAUGUCACUCUUCAGGAUGGCUGUAUUUUGAGGAACUAUUUGAUGAACAUGAAACAGUUGUUUUAGGAAAAAUAUCAAGCUUGUGCCAUGGCAGUUUGUCAUUAAAAGGAAAAUUAGGUUGCAACCCUGUGAUGGUGGUGCUUUUUGAGAGGUCAUUAUCACAAUUAGAUAGCAAUCUUGGAAUUUUGAUACAUAUAAUUGCCAUUUUACAAGGAUCUCAGCUUUCUGGUAGGUUGGUGCAUGUAACUUUUGCCUGGGACAAUUAAGGUCAGAUUGAGGCACCGACUUGGAAUUCUGGAGGGAAUCACAGACUCUAUGUUUUGAAAAAUCUUGCGAGGACUCCCUUUAUAACUCUGUUAUCAUAUUUUAUCCUCAAAACAGUGCAAUUUUAUGUCUAGGUAAUCAUCUGAAGUACAUGUUAUUCUUAACUCAUUGUAUGCCUUAUUUUUGCAUGGUACUUGUCUAAUCUUUUUUGGAGAUAGUGGAAAGAAGGCUACGACUUGUUAUGAAAUAACAAAGUCAUUGAUUGACUUUUGAUUGUCUUUGCAGCAGCUCAGGGAGAGAGCAAUGUGAAGGACUUCUACUCUUCUGUUUCACCUCCUAUCUCCUCCUUUCUUAUUAAAGAACCAGCAUCACCUGUGGUAAGUUUUGUAGCAAUGUUGUGAUGUUUAGACGGUUAAGAAUAUAUGAAAGUCAUAUAUUUGAACUGCGGAUAAAGACGUGAAUGAAAGUGAUCCUCGCAGUGAUGUGCACUACUUAGGCAGUAGUGAAAAUAAGGCCUGAAAAAAAAAAAAAAAAUUCAGGCCUGUACGGGAUUUGAACCCAUGACCUCUGUGAUACCGGUAGAGCGCUGCACCGGUAUCGCAGAGGUCAUGGGUUCAAAUCCCGUACAGGCCUGAAUUUUUUUCAGGCCUUAUUUUCACUACUGCCUAAGUAGUGCACAUCACUGUGAGGAUCACUUUCAUUCACGUUGUGAUGUUUGUUGCCCAGAUCUUCAAAGAGGGAGGGGUUCUUAUCCCAGGGGACAAUUUGCAGAGAGCUUUGUUGACGCAUACAUAGUUGUAGACCACGACAGGUUAAUCCAGGUCAGCUCAUGAUUGUGUACAACUUUCAAAUUACAGACAUUUCCACUAUUUUGUGUCGUCUUGAAUUGAUCUACGCCCAUGGUAAAAAUGAAUGAAGAAAAGUUAAAUUAUCAGUACAUUGGGGUAAAAAGAAAUUGUAAAACUCAUACAUAGUAGAAAAAACUGUGACAAACAAACACAGCAAUCACAGUCUCCGAAACGAAAUCACUUUUAACACAAAAACCACAUGCUAUCAAGCCAUGUGACCCAAUAAAUAUCAUUUUGUUCAUUCAGCCACUAGUCAGCCCCAACAGGAGAGAAUGGAAUGUCUUGGAAAUCUUUCCUUGUUUGUGUUUUAUUUCUUGUCAAAUCUACAGUCUGGAACAAUCCUUUUGGUAAAAUUCAUAGCAGUCUCUGCUUAGAUUUUAGAAUUCACAAAUUGAGUUAUGAUAUGUUCAGUCCCCUUGCAAGUUAAGAAAUUAAUAGAGGGCAAACUUCUGAGGCAUAAAAUUGUUCUCUGAGCAUUACACGGGCUGUAGGAGGGGCAGUCAUGAAUUAUAAAAUUUUUCCAAUCCUUGUAACUAAAGCACUAGAAGGCUCAGCUCUUACAUGUUCCCUUUUUCAGCAAAAGGCUGUGUCUUCAAAUGAAAGUUUUCCAAAUACAGCCAUGACUAAAGCAAGAUCCAGUAAGUCUAGAUUUUUCUUGUGGCUCUUACAUGGCAUUCAAUUAGAAAGAACUCUAAUGGCUUACAAGCUUUUGCUGUUGUUUUCUGUGAUAUUUUGUAUUGUUUUCUAUCAACUGUUUUUCUUACUGUGGAGAACCUUACUUGUCUAUUCGUCACUAACUGCUUCUGAAAAUAGACAAGGAGUCAAGAAAUUUAUUUGAUCUCAAAUUUCGUGAACAGUGGUCUGCAUUGAUUGCAGGUCUUUAAGCUGAUUGCAGAAUUCUGUUAUCUUGAAUCAGUGCCAGAGUGACUGUAUUUCUGUAACUGUUCUCCUCUGCCAUUUACCUGUACAUGUAUAUGAUAGAAAAUUCUUGAGCUUACUACUUUCCUACUUUCUUUUCAGAUUCUAACCCAACAACACCUUCCAAAAAAAUCCCAUACCUGAGGCUAGCGCUUGGAAAGCGACCUAAAUGGCAUUUGGGUAGGUUUAUACAAUGUACUUAAAGGAUGAGCACCCUGGUACACCAGUGGUUCCUUGUUGACACAGGAACCUAAUAAACCUUCUCUCUUUCUAAAUUGCAACUUUAAAUGCUACCAGAGAUAUAUUUACAGGGUCAUUUACAGGACUGUACUUAAAACUGAUCAAUCAAAUACAAGAAACAAUCUCAAUUUUUGUCAUCUUUGCUUUGGUCCCUCAGUAAUCGAAACAUUUCAAUUUAAUUGCAAUCAUUGUUUUCUACUGCGAGAGGGACGGACCUAAAAAUUUAUCUUUGUGACGGCUAUAAGGAUGCUUUGAACAUUUGAACUAUGCAGUUUAUCACGACACUCGUAGGCAAGACUUGUUCUGCGUCUCUGAGCACAUUAUCCUUUUAGAUUAUCCUCUUAUAAUGUCCUGCUUUUGUAGCUUGUCUCGAGGAAACGCCCACUAUACAAUCAUGUAAUUGCGAUUUUCCAACUGUGAUUUAGUUGAGAGUUAGAAAAACGAUUUUGCAGUCCACUGAAUGUAUGGAAAGGUUUAGGAACACCACGCAACUCUCUAAUUAUGUUUAAAAAUGCUUUGAAGGAGAAGAAUUAGGCAUUUAAAUAACUGUUUUUUUCUUCCACGUGCAGGCAUUCGAUCACAGAGCAAGCCAAAUGAUAUUAUGGGUGAAGUUUACCGCGCAAUGAUGUCUUUAGGUUAUGUAAGUAUUAUAUUCACUCCGCAUGUGUUGCCAAUCAGUUCACAAAAAUAUGUUGAACUUCCUCGAUAUUGCAAGUAGAAUUAAUUUAACUAUAAGAUGAAGGGAAACUGACAUCUGUCGAGAGGAAUUCUAUGACACAUUGCCUUUGCUUAAAAUUCGGCCUUGAAGGAAUAAGACUCCUUACUGAGCAGUACUUACGAUUCAUUGCUUUUCGGAGUGAUAAAUGCUUUUUAUUUUGAAUAAAAAAUUUAGGCGCCUCUUUGCACUGCGAAGGCUUGUGUGGUAUGAAUUGCGAUGCUUCCCUGCCUUAGGAAAAGUGCACAGAGGCUUAUUGAAUUGUCUGUAUCGAGAAGAUAAACUGAAUUUUGUUUGUUUUUUUUCCAUUUUAUGGAUAACGCCUUAUCUCUGUUGCUGUCCUCUUAGGAAUGGAAAAUCAUAAACCCCUUUAAUUUGAGAGUACUUAGAAGAAACAGGAUAACUGGAAAAUUUGUAAGUAACUACAAUUUCACUUGAACUUCUUAGAGUUAGUUUGCUGUGACUUGUUUGAUUUCUUUGGUAUUAACAUUUUUGUUUUUCCUUUGGAAAAAAAUUACCAAAUCAAUUUAGCAUACAGGAUAUAAACCACUAAAGAGUUUGAUAUCCAUUUUCUCUUAAUCUAGACCAAGAUCGCCGUUCAGUUGUAUCAGGUCGAUCAUAAAAGUUACCUCCUGGACUUCAAAAGCCUUCCCACCCCGGAAAUCCCUCCAGAACACACGGAAGGAACGCUGUCGGGAAAGUCAUCCAGAAAAUCGUCUGCAAACUCGUCGUUCAACAGUCUGAAAGACUCUGAUAGUUUCACGAGCCCCACUGGCUCACAUCACACGAUGGAAUUCAUGGAAAUGUGCGCAAGUCUCAUCAUCGCUUUGGCUUGCUAACGAAGUUACAAAUUGCUGAAAGGUGGAGCAUUGUGGGUAAAGUGAUGAGGUGAUCGCAAAGUUUCGGAACUUCGAUCGAAGAAGCAGACUUUCUUGAAUUCGGAGGCUUCAUUUCUCGUCUCCGGUUCGACUUCCAAGUGCGUUAAGUUUGUAGGACUUUGUGUUUGUCGCAUGGGCCAGCCGAGUCCAGUACAGUUCUGACUGGCUUUUUUUCCCGUGCGAAAAGUGGAAUGUCAAUCAAUCAAAAGUGGCAGAUCUGACCAACUUCGUGAUCAGAUCUGACACUUUCGUGCUUAGUCUUGACGUGAAAAGAAGGUACCGUGCAAAUGAAAAUUGCUCUAAAUGCAUACAGGUUUUCAUUGACACAAGAUUAAUUUCGAAAAAGACGUUAAGAAAUAUUAGUUCUCGGUUGGAAUAUUUAUAAGGACCUUUACCUUGUUGAGACAUAUGAAACGUAUUGAUAAAUGUUCAGUAUUGGGUAUUUUUUUAAAAAAUAGAUAAAAAAAGAAAAAGAGGGACAUUAUUGGCGGUGUACUGGCUACUACCAAGACAAAUAACAGAAUGCUACUUACUUGCUUGAAAACUUCUACAUGGAUCAAACAUUAUUGUUUAUCCAUUCUGAUGGUGAAGACUUUGGUUUGAACUCUCUUUGGGAAGGUGCAUAGUGCUCCUUUGGUAUAAAUGUUUUUUCGCUUGUUCAAAAUGAUUGGACAUAAGGCAAUGAAAGUAAAAUUCAUUGGCCUUGGGACACUAACCUUACAGAAGCUUUGGUAGAGUAGUGAGAUGGUCGAAGUAAAUCUUCAAAGUACAUUGAUAUUUCUGAAUUCCACAUCAUGUCAUCGUCGUUAUUUGUUACAUUUAUUUCCAGCAGUGAAAAUAUCAUUAUUUUCAGUUUCUUUUUUAAAAAAGAAAAAAAAUUGUUAACAGGAGUUUUGAGAAAAAAAUGAAGGAAAAAAGUAAGGAAACAUGACUUUUAUUUUCGUUGUGAACAUUUAGUGCUUUUUGCUCUUAUUGUAUAUACAUAUAGUUGUUAUCAAUUCAUAACCAUGCUAGAUUUAAUGUAUGAGAGAUUCCAACUUACUGACCAAAAUUAAAAAAAAAAAAGUUUCAUUAACUAGUUGAGAUGUCCUUGCAGUAAGUGGACUGUUGAUGUGGGAUAAUAUUUACUUUGUAACCGAGGUAACAGGGGAAUCCUAUUAACUGGUUGACAAAGUUUACGAGUCAAAAACUAGCUGUCGGAGCAAGUUGCAAUUGAGUGUCAUUUAAUUUUCGUUGCCCCUUAAUUGAUGCAGAAAACCAUUGGUACUUUCUCAGCCAAUGAAGCUCGCGCUUUCUUGGGCUUAAACAAGUUUGCACGGGUUU